CCACGCCUGCCAAGUGACUCAAAGGCACGCGCUUCCGUUGUUCCCAGGAAGUUGUGGGCUCCUGGUCCUGCCCCUGACUUGAGGCGGAAGCACAGCUUUUGGAGCUGGGCCGCGGGACCGCUGUGCAUCAGCCCAUGGCUGCCUACUCCUACCGCCCAGGCCCAGGUGCUGGCCCUGGCCCUGCUGCUGGAGCUGCACUGCCAGACCAGAGCUUCCUGUGGAACGUCUUCCAGCGGGUUGAUAAAGACAGGAGCGGAGUGAUUUCAGACAAUGAACUUCAGCAAGCAUUAUCCAAUGGUACAUGGACUCCGUUUAAUCCAGUGACUGUGAGGUCCAUCAUUUGUAAGUAUUCGUGCAGACAGACCAGGUGUUUCUCUGGGAGCAGCGAUAAUCACCCCAUUCAGAUAUCGCGUGGGCUCUUAUGUUUCAUCCUCUCUGCCUCUACGUGUAGAUGUCGUCACUUAACCGUUAGUUUAAGCUUACGUCUUAGCUCAUCCUGUCCAUUUCUAGUUCUAAGGUUUUAGAUCCAGAAAAUCCCCACAUUAUGGUUUUCUUUAAGCCUUAUUUUGUUAUUUUGGUAGUAUCUUUUUAAAUUGAUGUUUGUGAUUCUUUUAUUUAAAUAUUAUAUGUAAGUCUUUUAAACUUUAAAAAAGUCUUUACUUAAGAAUUACCUAUGUUAACUUACAUCUGCUUUAUCUUGUGUUACGGAUGAUUCAAAGUCUGUACGAAGGGAGCCUGCAUCUAAUAAUUCUUCCUGCUGGAUUUCAUGCAUUUAGCUGAUCACCUUCGUGUUUUAGUCAUUUGUAUUUGUCUCCCGAGCUAGUAUUUGGUUGGAUUUAAUGUGUGUACCAGGGUCUGAGCUGGAGCCGGAGGUGGGCCUUUCAGGAAGGAUUUCCAUCGUUUCCUUCUCACCAACAUGUGGGAUGUCAGUUUUGGUUCUGUGUGUCGGUCAGUUUUCCAUUGCUAUGAUAAAGUGCUGUAACUAAGACGACUUAAAGAAGAUAGGCUUUAGUUGGGCUCACAGUAUCGGGGG